GUGGAACGUGGAAUUCAGAAACAGACAACUGGUGCACUCCAUAUUCCAGAGGGCAACGCAUCGGCUGCUGGGGAUAGUGAAGAUGCUUUUGCGGCUCAACUUGAGGAGGCUCAAAGAACUGCGAAGGAAAUUCGACAGAAAGGCAAUUCGAGGCCAAAACAACAAGAACUCGCUGAAGCGGAUGCUGAAUAUGAGGCCGUAAUGAAGAAAAAGAGAGAAGUGGAGGAAAUUUACAAGCGUUUCACCCCUGAAGAAAUCGCUGAGGCACGGAGAAUAGUGGAAGAGAUGGAUGCCAUGAAUGAACGCGAACAACGAUACAAGGAUGAUGCUGAAGCGGAACUGGAGGCGUUACGUCAAGAGCUAAAAGAAUACGAAAAUGCUGAAGAGAUUACUGAGGAGCAAUUGAUAGAAUGGAACAAAAAGUAG